AUGAGCGGAACCGCUGGCAUGGCUGCGAGCGGCGCUGCACCAUCCCGGCAGGCCCUUGAGGGCGACGUCGAGGAGGAGGGCAGCUCCUACGAGACAACGUCGGAGGAGGGCGAGCCUCCUCCGGCGGCCCCUGCGGGUGCCUUCCCGACACCUCGCUUUCGAGAUGCGGCCGUUGGUUCGGACGAGCCGUAUCGGGAACCGAGGUCCCACCAGCCGGCCAUGCUGGACGUGGCUUGCCAGACGGUGAUUUCCUUCUUCGAGACCCGUACCAUCUCGGUGGGAGAUGACGCGCCUCUUCCUUCGGAGGUCUUAGGCUCCGUCCGCCGGGCGGCUGCAGGAUCUGGCGUGAUGGGCUCGGAGAUCCCCUCACCCGGGCCAGGGGCUCAGCGGGCUCUGCCCGAUGCCACAGAGGCUCAGAGGGCAGUUGUGACUCCUGUCCACGAGCCGAAAAAGCGGAGGAAGAAAGUCCGUGAGCCAGCGCACACGGAGGUGACGAAAGCUGAGCCAGCCGGCCCUGGGGGCAACCACGGAGGAGCUCGGAUGACGGCAACGCGGGCCUCGGGGGACGACGACAAGGAAGCCCACACAGGAGCACUUCCGGUUCUGCCCCCCAUGCUGAUCCCGCGGGCCACUGUGGAAGAGCGGGAUGCCCCAGGGGCUGGCCCUGCGGAAGCUCGCUUGCGGCCGGCGGAGAGUGCCGAGUUGCCAAGCGAAGGGGCUCGGCCGCCGUCCGCUGGCAUGUCCGCAGUGGCAGAAGAUGCCGCAGGAGAUCGGGGGCCCUCUCCUGAGCCAGAGACUGCGGCAGACGAGCGGAGCGCUGCAGGAGCCUUGGCCGCGGGGCCUCGCGGCAGCCCACCGCGAGAAGCUUCUGAAGCUGAUCAUUCGGCUCCAGAUUCCGACAGCGCCCCCGAGCCGCUAGCUGCCGCGCCCUCGGGCGUUCCGUCGCCGGCGAAGGAGGGCAGCGUCCCGGGGAAGAGCGAGGCCCGCGAGCGCAGCCGCAGCUGCGAUGCACGCAGCCCCGCCGGGGAUGUGCGCAGCCCCAGUCCGCGCAGCCACAGCCGGCCGCGAGGGCGGGAUAGUCACGAGGUCCGGCGAUCACCAGCCGGGCAGCCGCCAGCAAGGCAUUCCCCAGCCCGUCGCUCUCCGCGAGCUUCGCCUAAGAGACCCUCGCCGCCCAGACGACGGUCGGCGCCCAAAAGGGAGCCUUGCAAAGAGGAGCCGCGGCGCUCGGGGCGAGGCACCUCGCGGCGGCAUGCGCGCCGAGCGCGAAGCCCCCGGCGGCCGCGGCGCCCGGCUAGGGAAGCGAACAGGAGAAGUGACCGGGGCCGCAGCCGAAGCCGGCGGCCGGCAAAGCCCAAGCGCUCACCGAAGGGGCUGCGGCUGCGCUCAGCUCAUCCGCAUCGGAGCCCGCACGCGAACCGCGACCGGAAGCGGAGCCGAGAGAGACAAGGAGAUCCUCCGAAAAAGGCGCCCAAACUGGACAACGCGAUUUCGCCACAGGCACACCGCAGGCGCAGUCGAUCACGACGACCGCGGCCUGCUCAAGGGCCCCGGUCGCGAAGCCAACCGAGGCGACAAAGAUCGCCGCCCCAGCCCUCGAAGCGGAAUGCCUCACCGCCGCGAUCGGCAAAGUCCCCACCGCGGCCGGCGCGGUCGCCGGUAAAGAGCCGGGGCCCCUCCCCCACGAAACCUCAGCGAUCGGAAGGCGAGCCCAGGACGGGCGCCCCGGCCAGCCCGCAAAAGGCGCUGCCCACCCCCACGCCGGCACAUCCGACCCAGCCUGCUUCGCAGAUAGCCCUGCAGAAAGAGGAAUCGCAGCCGCCUCCAUCGAAGGGACCCGCUGCAAAGGACGACUUUGCAACAGUUCCCAAGGAGACGGUGGCAAAGGCGGCAGGGGCCGAAGAAGACGAGUACGAGUAUGAGUCGACGUCCAGCAGCUCCCUUGCCAGGCGGUCCAAGCAGAAGAAGGAGGAUCGCCGACCACACGGACCCAGGGCCGACGAAAGCUGGCCAUACCUUCAAACGGCUGCUGCAGUCGCACCUUUGGUGGCCGCGGCGAUGACUUCUUCCAUGGCCCCAUCGCCGGCGUUUCCUCCUGGCAACUUCAACCCCCUCGGCUACAACGGCGCCUACGCCGCGAACUGGGGCUCUUGGAAUCAAAUGUAUCCUUCUAUGUCUGGCACGCCGCACCAUGGCGGCUACAAAAGUGGACAGCGUGAUCAGCCGCAGCGGGCAACCAUCGUGAAUCGCUACCGAAGGGACAAGCAACCUGCCGAUUCCCAGAAGCAAAGCGAGGUCACUGGAGCGUCGAGGGUCGGUGGCAAUUCUGCAGCCGGAGGCCCGCCGGAGCCCCAAGGCCCCGGCGAGGCGCCGAAAGCCGAGCCCGGGGCGAAGGAGGCUACGAAGCCCGGCCCGAUGGUUGAGGAUGCGAAGGAUGCCCCCUUGCAUCCCAAACACCCGGUGCCUAGUGCUACCGUGGAGAGGGCUGACUGA